AUGGCUUCCUGGUUCCAGAUCCCCAAGAACUCUCCGUUCUCGUUGGCCAACAUCCCCUUCGGCAUCAUCUCCGUCCAGUCCGCCUCGCGAGUGCCUGCCAUUGCCAUUGGCGAGCAUGCAUUGAACCUGAACGCGUUCGCCUCCUCGGGGCACCUGAGUGUCUUUGACCAGCCCACUCUCAAUGCAUUCGCUGCGCUGGGUCGCCCCGUGCAUCGCCAGGUGCGCGAGUACUUGCAAAACGUCUUCCGUGCCGACACCCAAUUCCCCCAGGUGCUCAAGGAUAAUGCCGAUCUGCAAAAGUCGGCGCUCGUGCCGCUUUCCCAAGUCACCAACCACCUUCCCAUGCAGAUUGGUGAUUACACUGAUUUCUACGCCGGUCUGAACCACGCCUAUAACGUUGGAGUGCUUUUCCGCGGGCCGGAUAACGCUCUGCAGCCCAACUAUAAGCAUCUGCCAGUGGCCUACCACGGCCGUGCCUCGUCGGUCGUUCCCUCGGGCACUCCUCUGCACCGUCCCAGCGGUCAGAUCCUGGCCAACCCCGCUGCCGAUCCCAAGGUCCCUACUUUCUCCCCCUGCAAGAAGCUGGAUAUCGAGCUGGAGCUGGCAUGCUUAAUUAGCAAGCCCAACGACCUCGGCAAGCCCGUCUCUAUCGAGGAAGCCGAGGACCACAUUUUCGGUCUGGUACUGAUGAACGACUGGUCCGCCCGUGAUAUCCAGGCUUGGGAGUAUGUUCCCCUGGGUCCCUUUAAUGCCAAGAACUUCGGCACGACCAUCACUCCCUGGGUUGUCCUGAUCGAUGCCCUGGAGCCCUUCCGCGCCGCUGGGCUGGAGCCUGGAAACCGCGACUCGCUUCUGCCAUACCUGCGCGAGAAGCGUGCCGAGAACGCCUACGAGAUUCCCCUCGAGGUUGAGAUCACCAACAAGGGCGGCCAGCCUACUCUGGUCUCCAACAGCAAUGCCCGCAACCUGCUCUACUCUUUCCCCCAGAUGGUUGCUCACCACACUAUCACCGGCUGCAAUUUGAGGACUGGUGAUUUGCUGGGCUCUGGUACUAUCUCUGGCAAGGAGGCCAAGACCCAGGGCAGUCUGCUCGAGCAGACUAACGGCAAGAACCCUAUCAAGCUGGCUGAUGGCUCGGAGCGUCUGUUCCUUGAGGACGGUGACACCAUCAUCCUGCGUGGUACGGCAGGUACCGAGGGUAAUUACGUCGGCUUCGGCGACUGCGUUGGUACCAUUCUUCCCGCCGUCUCAUUCUGA